CACUAUCAGAAAUUAAUCAAUGCGUCAGGUUCCUUUUGCUUCCUCUGUUUCGGUUACUUCCUCCGCAAUCACGUUCUCUCAAAAGUCGAGUGCUCUUCCGUCGUCUACUCACCUCCAAACGUCACCAUCACUCAAACGACAUCGAGUCUCCAAAGGAUUCAAUUUGACAAGGGUAACGACACACACGAUAUAGAACAUGGGAGACUGAUAUGGUCAAUAAAAUAGCAGAAAACAACUGCCUGGUUGAAAAUAUCAAGGAUUUCAAGUAUCUCAUUCAGCUACAGGAAAUAAAAGUUUCCUUGUUAGUGGAAUCAAACUGCCUCUUCCAAAGUUUUUGUAAUCUUGAACACUGACAUGGAAACAACCAAUAAUCCUUCAAUAGUCAGUUGUGAGCACAAAAAACAACCAAGUUUUAGGGAACACGAUGUGCAAGAUACUAGUAGUUCGGUCGAUAAUCAGGCUGAGGAAGGGAGCCAGCUGCAUACUGAUGAGUUAAAUGAGCCGUCAACUCUUUGUUUAUUGGAUAAAAGAAAUGAUGAGGCAAUUCUUUUAUCAGAUGUAGGUGAAACUAGAACACAUAAUUCACUUGUUAUUAAUGACAAAGGGAAUGUUCUUUCAGAAAUUUUGGCUUCUUUAUCAACAAGAUCACCAGCUACACUUUUGAAGAAAAAACUUCUAGUUCUUGAUUUGAAUGGCUUGCUUGUAGAUAUUGUUUCUUCUCCUCCAAAGAAUUAUAAACCAGACAUAAGAAUUAGAAGACAAUCAAUUUUUAGGAGACCCUUUUGUCUUGAUUUUCUAAACUUCUGCUUUGAGAGAUUUGAAGUGGCCAUUUGGUCUUCAAGAAUGAAAAAGAAUGUGGAUGACAUCAUUGACCGUUUGAUUGGAGAUAUGAAGCACAAGUUAAUGUUUUGUUGGGAUCUGUCUCACUGUACUAUGACAAAAUUCAAUACCCUUGAAAACAAGCACAAAAAGUUGGUUUUUAAGGAACUGAGGAGAAUUUGGGAAAAACAUGAUCCUGAACUUCCUUGGGAGAAGAGAUUUUAUAAUGAAUCAAAUACGUUGUUAUUAGAUGAUUCACCUUAUAAAGCAUUGCUUAACCCGGCGUAUACUGCAAUAUUCCCUUAUCCUUACCAGUGUCAGGACAGCAAGGAUAAUGCUUUAGGUGAUAGAGGUGAUCUUAGAGUGUAUUUGGAAGGACUAGCUGAAGCUGAUGAUGUACAGAAGUUUAUAGAGCAAUAUCCAUUUGGUCAAAAACCAAUCACUGAAAGAAGUGCAUGUUGGGGUUUCUACCUCCAGAGAGUAGAAGGCACAUUCAUGGAGUCUCCAAUUGAUCGGACCAAGCAAUGCUUUCUGAAGAGAUAUCAUAUUUUGAUUUUGUACAUGAAAUUAGCAUUUUUCCAUGCAGAGCACAUUUAGAAGGGAUUUGGCGUAACAAGGAAUGUAUUGACUGUCUGUCAUGAUUUCACUUGCCUAUAGAUAUUUUUCAUGUUGCAAUGUACAGAAACUUGCUGCUCUACCAUACUUUGGUUCUGGGAUAUUUACGAAGUAUUUUUCAUUGUUUAUAAAGCAUAAUGAUUAAUGGCAAUGAUGUGAUUAAUCUC